UCUAUGAUUGAUUGGAAAAUAUAUGGAAUUUUGAAGAAUGAAUAUCGAUCUAUGAUUGAUCGAAAAAUCUAUGGCAUGUGCUCAUGUGCAUUGCCAAUCAUUUGGAACAAAUAUUUUCAAAGAGCUGUCAAAUAUCCAACAUCUCCAAGUAAGUGAGCAUUAUAUUGAAAUAAUUAUUUUUGCAAUAGGAAUCUUAAUCUACAAUAUAUUUUUCUUGAGUUUUUUGCAUAUUCCUUUGUGCUGCUUAUGAUCUGUAGAGUCUACAGAAUUAAUGGUGCCAUGAUCUGUGGAAAUUUUUUGGAAUUGGAUCAUGUUUGGGUUUGGAUACCUUUUUAGAUUUCUUUGGCCUAAAUGUAUACAAAAGUGUUUUACUUGUAGUUUAAUAUACUAACAGGGUGGGGCAAGGGUGACUAUAUUUCUUACUAAAGCAAGGAAAUGAGAGCAGCAGAAUUUAUUUUUGACCCAUUCUAACAGCCAGAUUCUAAGAAAUUGCUCAGUUUAUAUAAACUAAAUAAUGAGUUGAAUCAGUUUCAUUAAGUGAUAUCAGUAAUUUAAUUCCCAAAGUCAAAAGCAUUCACAACUUUUUAAUUAGAAUUGCUAUUACAAAACUAUGCAUGCGCACGGUCAGGUAUCUGAUCUUUUCUAAAUGGAAAGUUAACUUGUAAAAGAAGUAAUAGAUCGACCAUGUCAAAAUGAAAGCAAUUUAACUUACAAGCCUUGGAUAUCACGAAAUUUGAUGACAUCUUACCCUUAUGUACUUAUUUUCUGAGGUAGCAACUUUGUUCUGGUAGUAAGUUGACUUUAGUUUUGCCCUUUAGAAACUAUAAGUUGUGUUCAAAUGGUCAUUUUAUUAUUGCUUUAUAGUUCUCUGACCUCAGUUAAGGAUAAACUGAAUUAUUGUCAACUUGAUUUGAGUAAAAACUAAGAGUAUUAGUGCUUGUCACAUUGCAACAGCUUUGAGAAGUAUUUGCUUAUUCAUAUUAUAUAUUUUUUCAGGCUAGGAUUCUGAGCACAAUUGGAAAAACUCAGAGUAGAGAACACUUUUAAUUAACUCAGCAACUCAUUAACUUCCAUUUCAAGUGCUUUCCAUGUUAAAAUUGCUGCAUAUUCUAGUUAUUUGUUCUGUUUUCCAGAAACACCUAAGCUAUGCUCAAGAUCAAAGUCACUUCAUAUACCAUGGAUUCAAUGGAACCAACCUCAAUCUGAGUGGACUUGCAAUUGUCCACCCUAAUGGUCUAUUAGAGUUAUCAAACAUCUCAUACCGCCAAGUUGGUCGCGCUUUCUUUCCUCUCCCAUUCAAGUUCAACAAGUCAUCAUCCGAUGAUUCUCAAUCUCUUUCAUUUUCUACCAACUUUGUUUUCGCCAUUGAUCCUGAGAGACAUGCUCUUGGCUCGUCGUCAAUUCAUUACUUUGGAAUCUUGAAUUUAUCAACCAACGGCUUGUCUUCGAACCAUAUCGUUGCUGUUGAGUUUGAUACCAUAGAGACUCCUGAUUGUUCAGACAUCAAUGACAACCAUGUUGGAAUUGAUGUGAAUAGUUUGACAUCUAAAAUAUCAGCUCCAGCAAAAUACUUUUCAGACAAUGAAUAUAAGAACCUAACGCUCAUAAGUGGAGACCCAAUGCAGGUAUGGAUAGACUAUGAUCAAGCAGAGAUGAUACUAAAUGUAACAAUUGCUCCUGUAACAAUCACAAAACCUGAAAAGCCUCUCUUGUCGGAAUAUAUUGAUCUUUCUUUAGUUCUGUUAGACACUAUGUAUGUUGGUUUCUCUUCAUCUACAGGUUCCAUGGCUAGCUACCAUCAUAUUCUUGGUUGGAGCUUUAACAAAGGAGGGCCUAGUCAAAGUCUUGAUAUUUCGCAGCUUCCUCCACUUCCGCCACCUCCUGCUUCUCCGCCGCCUUCAGGCCCUCCACAGCCUCAUCCAUUACUCACCUUCGUAGGUAUAAUCAUUAUCUCAUUGGCGGUGACAAGUGUUGUGCUAAUUCUUAUCAUUGUAGCGGUGUGUAUAAUUCAAAGGAAGAAGAAGUUCGGAGAAUUGCGCGAAGAUUGGGAGAAAGAAUAUGGCCCUCAAAGAUUCUCUUACAAGGAUCUGUAUAAAGCAACUAAAGGAUUUAAAGACAAAGAACUUCUUGGAUUUGGAGGUUUUGGAAAGGUUUAUAAAGGAUUGUUACAAUCUUCUGAUACACAAAUUGCAGUAAAGAAAUUCUCUCAUGACUCUGAACAAGGAAUGAAGGAAUUUAUAGCUGAAAUUGCAAGUAUGGGAAGGCUCAGCCAUAGGAAUUUGGUUCAACUUCUCGGCUAUUGUAGGCGAAAGCGCGAGCUGCUCUUGGUUUAUGAUUAUAUGCCAAAUGGAAGCCUCGACAAAUUCUUAUUUCAGAACGACACGCCGCAUCUGAACUGGGUCCAGCGAUAUCAAAUCCUGAAAGGAGUUGCAUCAGCUCUUCUUUACCUCCAUGAAGAAUGGGAACAAAUUGUUCUGCACAGAGAUGUGAAAGCUAGCAAUGUGAUGUUGGAUGCUGAUCUAAAUGGUAGAUUAGGAGAUUUUGGUCUCGCAAAGUUUCACGAACGAGGUUCAAUUCCUGAAACGACCUGUGUGGUUGGUACAAUAGGAUACCUUGCGCCAGAAGUUUCAAGAACAGGAAGUUUCACAACCAGUAGUGAUGUUUUUGCUUUUGGGACAUUGAUGCUUGAAGUUGCUUGUGGAAGAAAGACUAUAGAGCCGCAUAGACCAGCUGGCGAAGUGGUAUUGGCUGAUUGGGUUGUCGAGAGUUGGAAGAGAGGGGCGAUUCUUGAGAUGACUGAUUCCAAAUUAAAAGGUAAAUACAUGGUGGAAGAAAUGGAAUUGGUUUUGAAGUUAGGGUUGCUUUGUACUCACACCACACCAACAGCUAGGCCUACCAUGAGGCAAGUUGUGCAGUAUCUAGACGGAAAGGCGGCCUUACCGGAGAUACCGCCGGAUAAUACUCCUCGCAUUGGUUUGGUGAUAUUGAAUCAAGACUUGAGUACAUCCCAUGAGUAUUCUAGCUUGUCUAUUACUGCUUCAGUCCUCAACUUUGGUCGUUGACUCUGCAAAUUUAUGAUGUUUAAUUACCAAUGUUGUAUAGAAACGGAAAUGGAAAACCUUAAAGGAUCCUUAAUUUUUUCUUUUAAAGAAUAGAUUUGAAAUAUAAAGCAUAGUUUUAGAAGCGUUUUCGAAAACGGUAAAGAAAUUCCGAAACUUAGGAGUCCCUAAAUUUUCAUGCAACAUAUAAAGAUGUAAAUGAAUAUGUACAAUGGUCAUUGAACUUGAUGACUUGCUGGAACUGUAAGAAAUGAGACUAUGUUUUGUUAGUGUUUA